AUAACCACAUAGCCAAAUCAACAACUCCUCACAUUCUCUACUACAAAAUAUUGUUGUGAACUCAAAUACUUCUAUCAAAGAAAAUUUACACAAAGGAAGAUCAACAUGGCAUUUGGAUUGACUCGUUUUGUUCAGGGUAAGAAGGCUCUUCGAAGAUCGCUUUCAGGCAUCAAAGAAGCAACUUUGAAGUCUUCAACCAUUCCAAAAGGCUAUUUUGCGGUCUAUGUUGGAGAAGAUCAGAAUAAGCGACAUGUAGUCCCUCUUUCGUACCUAAAUGAGCCUUCAUUUCAAGACUUGCUAAGUAUGGCUGAAGAAGAAUUCGGAUAUGAGCAUCCAAUGGGUGGACUCACAAUUCCUUGCAGUGAAGACUUCUUUAAUGAUAUCACAUCUCAAUUGAACUGAUGAUGUUAUUUUUAGUACUAACAUAGAUUCAUAGAAAACAAUUUUGUAGUUCAUAUACUUUUACCCUUUAUCUUAGAAAAGAAAGGGAAUUUUUUUGAGUAGUUGAGAAACUAAUAAAUAGAAAUUACUCAUUUGAUUAACA